AUGGCUGGUCCACGUUCUUUGCUCCUAGUGAGCUUCUUCCUUGGUGGUCCCUUGUUCUCAUUGGCUGCCAAAAUCCUGACUAUCUCCACAUUGGGUGGAAGCCAUCAUCUCCAGAUGCAAAAGAUAUCUCAAAUCCUUCAAGAGCAUGGUCACUGGGUGACAAAUCUUCUUUAUAACAAGGAUCUUACCUCAGGUAUUAUUAAAAAUAUUAAUAUGAAGGAAGUAUCGUACCGAGUUAUCCCCUGGUCUGUACCUGAAGAGCAACAAGAGAAAUUUAAUGACAUUCUUGAUUUCCUUUACCAAAAAGCUGUGGAUGGCAGAUCUAGUAUUAAUGACUACAUAAGGCUAUUUGAACACUUUGGGAAUUCAUGUCGUCAUUUGCUAAGCAGAAGGGACCUAAUGGAUUCCUUAAGGAAUGAGAACUUUGACCUGUUAGUUUUUGAUUCAGCAGAUCUCUGUUCUUUCCUGGUUGCUGAGAAGCUUGAGAAACCAUUUGUCGUCUUUAUUCCUGUAAUGUUUAGUUAUGUCGACUACGGACUCCCAAGUUCCUUGUCUUAUGUUCCAGUAGCUGGUUCUUUACUAACUGAGAACAUGGACUUCUGGGGCCGAUUGAGGAACUUCCUGACGUACCUUGUAUACUCCAUGAACCAAAGACUGUUUCAUUCUCAGUUUGACAAUACCAUCCAGGAGCAUUUUGCAGAAGGCUCUAGGCCUGUUUUGUCUCAUCUCCUGCGGAAAGCAGAGCUGUGGUUUGUGAACUCUGACUUUGGCUUUGACUUUGCUCGUCCCCUUCUUCCUAACACCAUUUAUGUCGGAGGUUUAAUGGACAAACCUGUCAAUCCACUAUCACAGGAGUUGGAGGACUUCAUUGCCAAGUUUGGGGACUCUGGUUUUGUUCUUAUUGCCCAGGGCACCAUAUUGAGCAUGUAUCAGACUAAGAAACACAUUGAAGAGAUGAACAAGGCAUUUUCCGACAUCCCUCAAGGGGUGAUUUGGAAGUUCAAUUGUUCUCAAUGGCCUGAAGAUGUCAAACUGCCUGCAAAUGUGAAAAUGAUGGACUGGGUUCCUCAAAAUGAUCUCCUCGCACACCCACGAAUCCGUCUCUUUGUCACCCAUGGAGGGAUUAAUAGCAUCAUGGAGGCCAUGCAGCAUGGGGUUCCCAUUGUGGGGAUUCCAGUCACUGCAGACCAGCCUGAGAAUAUGCUGCGUGUAGAAGAAAAAAAGUUUGGAGUCUCUGUCCAUUUACAGAAUCUGAGGGCAGAGACAUUGGCCCUGAAGAUGAAAGAAGUCAUAGAAGACGAGAGGUACAAGUCUGCAGCAAUGGCCGCCAGGGCCAUCAUGCGCUCCCAGCCCCUGACACCUGCCCAGAGGCUGGUGGGCUGGAUUGACCACAUCCUGCGGACAGGGGGCGCUGCGCACCUCAAGCCCUAUGCCUUCCAGCAGCCAUGGCAUGAAGAGUACCUGCUUGAUGUCCUCCUGUUCCUGCUUGGACUCAUACUGGGCACCUUGUGGCUUUGUUGGAAGCUUCUGGGCUUUGCCACCAGGUGGCUGCGUGGGGCCAGGAAGCUGAAGAAGACAUGA